AUGGCGAAGACCAGAGGAGGCCAUUCCGCCUCCCCAUCCUCACCGACACCUCGACCACAUCGAGCCGCCAUGGGAGCCGCAGCUUCGCCACUUGUUCAGGCCCCGGCCAUUCCCCCAUCUGAGGGGGAAGCUCCUUCUCAGCGUCGAUACCCCACCAGGAGGCCACCCACGGACCCUGUGCCACCAGUCGAUCAGGCCACGGGCCCUGUUUCUCGGCCACCAGCGAAGAGAACCAAGUUCUCGGGUCCUGGAGAGCCAUCCCACGCACCUCAGCCAGAGCCACCUACAGAGGACUCCCGGAUUCCUGCGGAUAUUCCUCUCGAGACCGUUAUCAGGCGUCCCAUGAUAGCUGGACCACCGAUAGAGGGCAACUUGGAUUGCAGAGAUCGAUCCUUCCACUCUGAGAUCUACUUUGAUAUAGAGAUUUUAGAGCAUCUGGGCUAUCCUAAACAGCCCCGUCUUGAGAGGCGCCGCCAUUGCAGAGAGGAUUUCUCUCUCGACAAAUGGCAUCACUUGGUAGCCUACUUUGCACCCGAGGGAGCACCAGCUGUGCCUGCACCUCCAGAGCUACCCCGAGAUGACCAGCUACCUCAGGCCCAGCAGGAUGAGAUUCUCACAAAGACCACACCUCCGACCCCUGCAGCACCCACCUCAGUGCACAUGCCCGAGGCUAUACAUUCUACCUCCCCUAUCACUCAGAGUGCUCCACCAGUCAUUCAGCAGCAUCUGAGUAUGCAGACUCCUCUUAGGCAUGAUAGGUCUGCACCAUCCGAGCCUCUAGUGCCAGGUGAGGAGAGCUUGCCAGCUGAGCAGCCUAUACCAGAGGAGGAGAUCAGAGCAGAGCCAUCACAUGACCCCACUCAUAUAUGA